CCUCAGAAGAAGAGGAUUAGUUUCACCGCGCUCUCUGUUGUUUUGUCGUGGUGCUAGUUUAAUACAAACUGUUAGAAAUAUGUUGUUUCUGUAAGUGGAAAAAAUACAGUUUUUGAAUCAGGUCAUUAAAUACCUGAAAUAUUCUCAUCAUUACAGUCGUGUCUAAAUUUUGAAUCAAGCAGAAAAUUCUGGAGGAAUAUCAGCUGAACUGAGAUCUGCUGUGAAUAUGGAGUUUGUUAAAGAGGAGAGUGAGGAAAGCACGAGUGAAAUAAAACAAGAGGAACCAGAAACCUGGAAAAUACAACACAGGGAACCAGAAACCAGGAAAAUAAAAGAAGAGGAACAAGAAACCUGGAAAAUAAAAGAAGAGGAACCAGAAACCUGCAGAAUAAAAGAAGAGGAACCAGAAAUAUUGAGAAUAAAACACGAGGAGUCAGAAAUCUGCAGAAUAAAACACGAGGAACAAGGAGAGUUCAUUGAAGAGAAAGGGGCGAAUGAAGAAUCAAGUGAAGUUGAGGAGAAAAAGCAUAUUAAAACUGGAGGAAAAUCUUUGAGUUGCACUCAAACCAUACAGAAAGAAAUAAAGAAAAAAAGAGUCAAGAAAUCAUUCACCUGCACUCAGUGUGGAAAGAGUUUCACACACAAAGCAAGUUAUGGGCGUCACAUGAGAAUUCAUAUUGUAGAGAAACCUUUCACUUGUGAUCAGUGCGGGAAGAGUUUCAAACAAUCAGCAAACCUUAAGAGACACAUGAAGAUCCACACUGGAGAGAAACCGUACACAUGUGAUCAAUGUGGUGAAAUGUUUUUAUGGGCUUCACUUCUUAAGAAACACUAUGAAUUUCAUUCAAAGGAGAAACCACAUUCAUGUAAUUUGUGUGGUAAGAGUUUAUUGAAUCUACUAAGUUUGAAGGUACAUCAGAAAAUACAUACUAGUGUGAGAGAGUACAUGUGCUUUGAGUGUAAAAAGACUUUUAGUUCAGUGAGCAAUUUAAAACAGCACGAGAGGAUCCACACUGGAGAGAAACCUUAUAAGUGUUCACACUGUGACAAGAGAUUCAAUUAUUUACCAUAUCUGAAAACACAUGAGAGGAUCCACACUGGAGAGAAACCGUAUAAAUGUUCACACUGUGACAAGAGAUUCAGUGGGAUAACAAACCUGAAAUCACAUGAAAGGAUCCAUAAUGGAGAGAAGCCUUAUACGUGUUCACACUGUGACAAGAGAUUGAAUUGUUUACAAAAUCUGAAAAAACAUGAGAGGAUCCACACUGGAGAGAAACCAUAUAAAUGUUCACACUGUGACAAGAGAUUCAGUGGGAUAACAAACCUGAAAUCACAUGAAAGGAUCCAUAAUGGAGAGAAGCCUUAUACGUGUUCACACUGUGGCCAGAGAUUCAGUCAUUCAGCAAGUCUGAAAAUACAUGUGAGGAUUCACACCGGAGAGAAACCUUAUACGUGUUCACACUGUGGCCAGAGAUUCAGUCAUUCAGGAAAUCUGAAAGCACACGAGAGGAUCCACACUGGAGAGAAACCUUAUAAGUGUUCACAGUGUGACAAGAGAUUUCAUCAGUUGGGAAGUCUGAAAACACAUGAGAGGAUCCACUCUGGAGAGAAACCUUAUAAAUGUUCACACUGUGACAAGAGAUUCAUUGUUUCAUCACAUCUGAAAACACAUGAGAGGACCCACACUAGAGAGAAACCUUACAAGUGUACACACUGUGUUAAGAGAUAUAGUAAGUUAUCAAGUCUGAAAAGACAUGAGAGGAUCCACACUGGAGAGAAACCGUAUUAAUGCACUGUACGUGGGAAGUGUUUCAUUCAGUCAUCUGUUAUACACAGUUAUACAAAAAACAAUAACAGUAAGGUCCUGUACACAUGGAGACAUGUUUAGCUGUAUAUGUAAAUAUUUUGUAUGGUAUAUGUGUUUCGUCUAGGCGGAUCCGGCAUUUUGGGAGAGUGAAAUCACUAUAUAUUUUUUUUAAACCGGGUCCCAGAGUGGCUGAAUCUAAAAAUUACACCUUUGCAUUUUCAUGUGUACAGGCAAUCCGUAUAUUUUGUGAAACAAUGAUGUCAUGGAAGGUCAUGGAAGAUCAUGUGACCCUUCGGCAGCAAUGCACACAUAGUCCUUCGGUGUGCUCACUUUGUCAGAAAUUAUAUAUAUCUCAGUGUUGUAGUCGAGUCACCAACUGUCGAGUCUCGAGUCCCAGUGUUUGAGUCCGAGUCGAGUCUCGAGUCCCGUAUUGGAAAUUUUUUUUUGAGGAAACAAU